AUGCGGAGUCGGAGCAGGAUGCGACGCAGCAUGCGCGCCAAGCUGGGGAGCAAAUCGUUCAACGACCUCGACGAUAGUGUGCACCUCAUUAGUCCCGGGAAGCGGAGUGCGCGGUUCAGCAGCUCCGAGGGCACCACAUACGGGCAUCGGGCCGUUCGGAGCAGCCUGUCGUUCGGGGGGUUGCUGGGGUCGAUGGGGGGAAGCAGCAGCGUGGGCGGUGGACAGCAGUCGCCGCGACAGCAACAGCGACACCGGUCGGCCCUGUCCGGAAGGAGGGCGGUGGCGGUCCAGACGGCUGCGGCCCAUGUGACGGCGUCCCCGGGUACCGGGGUCCUCACGUCCGAGUCGUCGUGCUCCACCCCUUCCUUCGCCGCGCCGGCGGAAAAGAGGGGCAGCUCGUCGAGCGGCGGCGGAGCGGCCGCAGGCGAGAAGGACGGCAGGGGCGGCGGUGGUUCUGGAAGGCGGGGCCCGGUUGGAGGGGGGGGGGCUUCUGCCGCUGGCGGGGUGCCGUACGAUCGCACCACGACCGUAGCUCCAGUGGUCAGGUGGGGAAGGAAGGGAGGAGAAGAGAACGGUGCUGGGUACGAGUACGUACGAAGUCCUGCUUGGCUGCUGAUGCUGCUGCUGUAA